AUGAAAGAUGUCUUCACCUUAAAUCUUCUCCUCAAAGAAGCCAUUGCCCAUGGCUGUCAUCACAAAGCCUUUCAACUCUUUAACCAGUUUCAAAGUUCAGGAGGUCGCCCUAAUACUUAUACCUUUCCACUUUUGGCAAAAUCCUUAAUUUCCAUUUCUGCCCUUCCCUGUGCUCCAUCUCUCCAUUGUUUAGCUCUCAAACAAGGCUUGAGUUCUGAUAUAUCAGUUGCCACCUCUUUUGUGGCCCUUUAUGGCAAAUUAGGAUUUGUAAAAAGUGCACUAAGGGUGUUUGAUGAGAGAGAAGAGAGAGAUUUUGUUUUAUUCACUGCUAUGAUCUCUGUUUACGUUGAAAAUGGAGCUUUUGAUGAGGGUUUGAGAUUGUUUGGGAGCUUGAAUAAAGAGGGGUUGAGGCCUGGUGCAAUUACCUUGGUUUCAGCUCUAAUGGCGUGUAUGAAUAUGUCUGAAAAUCUAUGGGGAAAAGGGGUUCAUGGGUUUGGUUUAAAGAUGGGUUUUGGACAUGAUUGCUUCUUCGGAGCUUGUCUUGUGAGCUUCUACUGUAAAAUUGAGUGUUUUAGAGGUGCCCAUAAUGUGUUUGAUGGAGUUUAUCAUAGAGAUGUUGCUCUGUGUAAUGCAAUGAUUUCUGGGUUUGCACAGAGAGGGAUGGAUUUGGAGGCGUUUGGUUGUUUUAGAGAGAUGAGAGAGAAUAGUUUUAGAGUUAACGCGAACACGAUCACUGGUUUACUAAAGGUUUGUGCUAAUUCUGGUGCUAAUUGGUUAUCUGAGAUGGUGCAAUUGGUUCAUAGUGUUUGUAUUAAAGUUGGUCUUGACCAUGAAAUCAUGGUUGCUACCUCUAUUCUUGAUGGCUAUGGAAAACGUGGCUUAUUAGGUUGUUCAAGCCUCAUAUUUGCUCAAAUGCCUGUGAGAAGUAUUGUUUCAUGGACUGCCCUGAUGGGAGCUUAUGUGCAUAAUGGACAUGGCCAUCAUGCAUUGAAGCUAUUGCAUCAGAUGCAAAUUGAGGGUGUUAAGCCUGAUAUGGCAGCUCUAGUCUGUGCAUUAUCGGCUUGUGGGCAUUUGGGAAGCCUAAAGCAUGGAUCAUGCAUCCACGGAUAUAUCAUAAGGAAUUUUUGUGAAAUUGGACAUGUUGGGAUGACGACCAUCAUCAACAUGUAUGCCAAGUGUGGCAGCUUGGCUUCUUCUUACGCUUGCUUUGAUGGCAUGGCAUGUAAGAAUUUGCAUGCAUGGAGUUCAAUGAUUCGAGGUUAUGGCAUGCAUGGCCAUGCCAUAGAAGCCAUGCAUCUUUUUGAUGAGAUGUUAAUGAAUGGUGUAAAACCUGAUGGGGUCAUCUUCUUAUCGGUCCUAUCAGCUUGUAGCCAUGGAGGCUUGGUGGAGGAAGGUAAGCAUUAUUUCCAUGUCAUGACCCGUGACCAUGGCAUCGAGCCUAAUGAGAAGCACUAUGCAUGCAUGGUUGACCUCUUGAGCAGAGCUGGUAGGCUUGAUGAGGCUCAUAGUCUUUUGAUGACCAUGCCCAUGCAGAAGAGCAUGGCCAUGACAAAAAGCAUGGGUGCAAGUGCUUAUGGGGCAUUGCUAGGUGCAUGCCAAACUUAUAAUGCCUUGGGCUUGGGUGAAUCAGUUGCUAAGCAUCUCAUCAAUAAUAGGCUAGAAGAUGAAGGUGCUCAUAUCCUGGUAUCAAAUAUUUAUGCAUCAAGGGGGUAA